AUGUCUUAUCAAUAUAAUGCAUAUCAGUAGAGUCGCUCAUUUGACAGUCGUCCGCCGCACCACACAGUCAUGGAAACUCACACAUGAAAAAUGGAGACAGAGACGAUAAUAAUAGUAAGCGUUUUUGGCGGAGCGUGGCUGUUGCUACUAUUGCUGGUGAUGGUUCUGUUCGUGCAGGUCGCAAGUCUGCGAAAGAGGCUGGCUGACAUACAGGCCACCGGGCGCCUCAGGGUGCAAAAGCUGAAGAUGAACCCCGACAAGAACUACGCGUUCAACAACCCGUCGCUGGUGCCUGACGAGGAGCUGUCGAGACGCGGGUACUCCAUGUACGUGGGCGCUGAAGAUGACGUAGAAAGUGGCCGCCCCGCAGAGCGGCAGACGGGCGGGCAGUUCGUAGAGGAGCUGACGCGCGAGCUGGACCACAGACAGCAGAGGAGAGCCAACGCGCCGCCUUUUCUACUGCACAGCGUAGAGGAUAGCAAGAACAGGGCCCUCAACAAUCCUGUGGCGUCGCGCGGCAAACAGAGCGAUACCAACCCUAACUUUAUAUACUAAAUAUUACUGACUGAAAUUCCGAUCAGGGAUUUACGCAAUGUUCUAUUCAUCUUUCUGCGACACCCAUAAUCGUUUAAUGGUCGCUAAGGAAGUAUCUUAAAUUAAAUACGAGUAAUCUCCCUAUAGUGACCAUUAAAUGUACUUUGCGUGAUUCUAAGUGGGAGUUACGUUACUUUUUAAUUUUGAUCGUAAUUUUUUCUGUAAAUAAUUUUAAAACGUGACAUGAUGACUUUGAACUUAGUUUAUCCUGAAUUUGAUAAUUCUGUAUGGUACAUAAACUUUGACAUGUAGAUUAUGUGCCAUAGAUAAAUUAAUGUUUUUAAUUAUCUAAGAUUUGAACACUGAGGACGCAUUAUAGUGUUCAAUUACUAGAUAAUAACAACUAAAAGUUAAAUUUAGGAUAAGCUAUGCUGCAAUAUAUUUGUUAAUAACAAGUUAGGGUUAAUGUCUCAAGAAAUCACGAAAGUUGUCGAACAUAAAUGAAAGUGUGGGCCGCAAAUCCAAAACAAUAAACCAAAGCCGUGAGUGAUAAUGCAACAGAAUGUUUUUUCUUAAUUUUCAUUUCGUAAAAUUAAGCUGAAAACAAUUAGCUUUAAGUUGCUUUUGUGUGUGUGCUAUUUAUUAAAUUUAAUACUUAAGUAA